AAUAGAAAAAAGAAAAUGAUGGGAAAAAGAAUAGCUUCCUUCAAGAACUUAGCCAAGAAAAUGAAGAGCAUCAACACAAGAGAAGGCGGCUCCGAGUCAACUCAUAACGAGUCUCUCCUGAUCAGUGAAGCGGACAUCGCGGCGACUAAGACGCCUACGGGAACGUUUGCGGUGUAUGUAGGGGAAGAGCGCGCGAGACGCGUGGUACCGACAAGCUAUUUGAACCACCCUUUGUUCAGGAUGCUCCUAGACAAGUCACAUGACGAGUUCCACUGUUUGGAUCAGAAGGUUAUGUUGGUCGUCCCAUGUAGCCUGUCCGUUUUUCAAGACGUCGUUAACGCCAUCGAGUCUUGUAAUGGAAAUUUCAAGUUCGGCGAUUUUGUCGAGGAGUUUCUUUGACUUAAUUUUUUCCUUAUCGUUUUGAUAAAUAUUAAGUGUUGUAGUGAUUAACACCCCUUUGUUGCGUGGUGUGAAUCUUUUUUUUUCUUGUGGAAUUUGUAUUUACCAAUGUUCUAAAAAUUGGUAUGUGGUACC